GCCAAGCGGCUAUUGGGCAACCUUCGCACGCAGCUGAAUGCCCUCGACGAGCUGCGUGCGGAGCUGACCGCCAUGAAAGCGACAGGCAAUCAUGAGGGCGUGCUGCCGAUUGAGCCGAUGACCAAGGACAAGUUUGAAGCUUGGCAAAGUCAUUGGAUGGAAUUG